AGAAAAGGACGACCACCCUUGCAUCACCAAGAUUAUGAAAACUCAGAUGAUAUCAAUCUAUCUAGACCAAGUCGACCUGCAAAGGUCAAGAGUGAGCCAGUGAAGCGUGAAGGACCAAAGUGGAGCCCUAGUCGCCUUACCACAGAAACAGAAUUUGUGAUGGGCGCCAAAGCAAAUAAAGCGCUUGGUUUAGGAGCAACAAGGGGUAGACUGUAUAUGAAACACCCUAAUCUCUUCAAGUAUUCUGGUGAUCAAGAUGAUAAACAGUGGUUGUAUGACAAUAGGUUGAUGCCUGCUACUGGUGGCAAGGCCUACCUGCUGAUCAAGGAAGACAUUCUAGAGUUAUCAGAAACCUCAGAUUACAGAAACAACACUCUUCUACUUCAUGAGCUAAAACCAUUUGUAGUACCGGAAAGAAUACUGCAGAAAAUGCGCAAAUUCAUGGAAAUGCAUCGGACAGACAGUACACCAGGAGAUUGAUAAAAACAUGGUGUGCUUACAGUACACCUGGUCCAUGAUGAUGCAUAUGUGUCCAAUUAUUAACACCUGAUAAUUGAUGACCUGAUGCCAUUGUCAGUACACCUGGCAUGAACCUGGCCUAACAUUACACCUGUUUAUAAAUGAUUACUAUGUGUCCAUAUAGUAAUCCUGACACUUCUAAAAGAACAGGUGUCCAUACAUGUACACCUGCCAUGAAAGACUAGGUGGCUUUUGUCAUUAUCAAUGACCCAUAGUAUUUGCAAUAUAUCUGAUCAUUGAUGACCAGGUGGCAUUUGGCGGUAUGUCUAGUCAUCAGUGAUCAAGUGUAAAAGUACUUGAAAUACACUGAUCAUUUCUUGCCAGGUGUUCUUAUUAGUACACCUGGCAUGAAUGACAGGUGGCAUAUGGUAAUUCUUUUAUUCAUCAUCAGUGACCUAGUGUACUUGCAAUAUA